AUGAGCUGUAUCGACAUGGGCUCCCUCGAUACUCACGAGAACUUAUUCCACCCUGGUCCCACCAUACUCACCUCUCUCCACCUCGCCCUCGCUUCGCCCAACAUGAUCCACUUCACUUCAUCCCCCUCGGUUCCCCUCGGUUCCUCAUAUCCCACCACACAAAUGGACGGCGCUCACAGGCUUCGGUAUCUCAACGUUACCAAGGAUCCAAUCGGGACCCCCAUCAAGUAUGUUCUCAUCCUCGAUCUGAACCUCACUAAAAUUUGA